CCUGGUCUGGUCCGGCUGCGCUGUUGCUUCUCACCGCGGCGCACGGCGGACACAGCUAUCGGCGUCCGCGAUGGAUUAGAUGAAACAACGAGUUACGUUUUAAGUCUUAUCUCGCUCAGUUGUAUUUUUUCUUUUUUUUUAAAAGGGGGGGCUUUGCUUAUCUGGAAGUUGAAAAGUGAAGCGGAGAGAAAUGGCAAGUCCUCCGGCGCACGGAGGACACCUGUUAUCCAACGGGACGAGCGGCGUGAAGAAGAGCGGAUACCUGAGGAAGCAGAAACACGGACACAGGCGCUUCUUCGUGCUGCGGGAGCCGACCGAGCGCUGCCCGGCCCGCCUGGAGUAUUAUGAAAGCGAGAAGAAAUGGAGAAACAAGUCCGCCGCGAAACGGGUCAUAACUUUGGACUCGUGUCUGUGCGUAAACAAGCGCGCCGACGCCAAACACAAGCACCUCAUCGCCCUCUACACCAAGGACGAGUACUUCGCUGUGGCAGCAGACAGCGAGCAGGAGCAGGAGAGCUGGUUCGCUGUUUUGACUGAUCUAAUUGCCGAGGGGAAAGUGUACGACAGCCCCGCUUCCACCUCCUCUUUAGUGGGCUUUGAGGAGGCCAGCUACGGACUCAUUACGCCCGCAUCAGCUGUCUAUAAGGAGGUGUGGCAGGUCAACUUGAAAUCCAAAGGCUUGGGUCAGAUCAAGAACCUCACUGGAGUGUACAGGCUGUGUUUAUCCAGCCGGACCAUCAGCUUUGUCAAACUGAACUCAGACACAGCUGCUGUCAGUUUACAGCUCAUGAACAUUCGGAGAUGUGGCCACUCAGACAGCUUCUUCUUCAUAGAGGUGGGCCGGUCAGCGGUCACUGGGCCCGGAGAGUUCUGGAUGCAGGCAGAGGACUCGGUGGUGGCGCAGAACAUCCAUGAGACCAUCCUCGAGGCCAUGAAGGCCAUGAAGGAGCUGUCUGAGUUCAGGCCGCGGAGCAAAAGCCAGUCUGCAAGCACCAACCCCAUCUCUGUGCCCACACGACGCAACCUCAACAACCUCCCCCCCAGUCAGACGGGCCUGGUGAGGAGAUCCAGAACAGAUAGCAUGGCAACCACAUCCCCGGGGAGAAAGUUCACGUCCUGUCGGAUAAGAACAGCCAGCGAGGGAGACGGCAGUGUGACCCGGCCUGUGUCCAUGUCCAUAUCUGUGAACGGGAGCCCCACCAGUCCAAACUCUGGGAAUCACCUCAGCAGGUCCCAUACUCUCAGCAGCGGGCGCACCUGCAGAAUGCUAGAGUCCUCCUCCAACCUGCAUCAUAGCCGGUCCAUGCCGGUGUCCAACUCCCCUCCGGCUGCCUCCAGCCCCAUCAGCAUGUCUCCAAGAGGGGGGGCUAAUGUCUGCACUCCUGACAAAGCCAGGCGGCCUUUCAGCUGUAGCGCCUCCAUCUCUGGCUCCCUCAGUGACACGGGCUUCAUGCUGUGUGAAGAUUACAGCUCCAGCCCAGGUGACCCCAAAUUCCUCCCCCUGACGCGCAGCGACACCCCCGACUCUCUGUCCAGCACGCCCCCAUCCCGUGACAUCAGCGACCCCUGUGGCUACAUGAUAAUGGAGGGGGCCAAUGGCAGCAAGUCUGGGGAGGGUCUGGCAUUUGACAAGGCUUACAGGAAGCGGACACACUCCCUCACCACACCGCGUCAACAGCGGGUGGUGGCGCCGCUGUCCUCGGCCUCCCUGGAUGAGCACACACUCAUGAGGAUGGCGCACGGACAGAACUCUCACUCCGCCUCGCCCAAAGUGUGCUACCCAGAGGAUUAUGGAGACAUUGAAAUCGGUUCAUCCAGGAGCUCCAGUAGUAACCUUGCAGAUGAUGGCUACAUGCCAAUGACGCCAGGUGUAGCAUCCCAGUCUGGCAAGGCAGACAACUACGUGCCCAUGAGCCCCAUGUGUGUCUCAGCACCGAAGCAGAUUGUGAACCCAAGGGUGCAUCCUCAGGCGGCUGCCAGCGGCGGCUACAAGAACAACUCCCCCUGCAGCAGCUCUCUGGAGGACAACGGCUACAUGAGAAUGUGGUGUGGCUCCAAAUCCUCCAUGGAGAGCCCAGACAGGAACAGCGAAUACAUGAACAUGUCACCUGGAAACCCACCCCCACUCCAGACCCCCCCUGAUUACUACUUGGGCUUGAUGGCUGGUGAACCUGCGUCAAUGAGGUCAGCCUAUCAGGCCGGCUCCCUCACGCUUCCUGCUAAACUUCAGACCUCCAAGAAUGAAGAAAGCAGCCAGUAUGUUUUGAUGAGCCCUCAGAGUUUGAGGCAGAGGUUGGGGGAGUCAGACUAUUACUCAGUAAUGCAGCCCAGUGCAGCUCAGACCUCGCCACUGAGCCCCUCAGUACCCUCCCCAGUCAGACACGGCCGGGCGGAGACCCUGCCCUACAGAGGGAGGCUGGGCAGGCCUAACAGGCUAUCCCUAGACACCCUGAGGACCCUGCCCAGCAUGAAUGAGCACCCCCUGCCCGGAGAACCCCGGAGCCCCGGGGAGUACAUUAACAUUGAUUUCGGCGGCGCCAGAUUCUCCCCGCCCUCCAUUGUGUCUACAGAGAGCCAGUCUUCAUCACUGGGUUCCAGCGGUGGGGGUCCGGGGAGGUCCUCUCUGACAGACUACAUAAACCUGGAGCUGGGCUCACACUCACCCAAGGCGGCUAACACCCCCGCUGAGCGCUUGGACGCACUUCCAGAGUUAUCAAUGUGCCCCUGCUCAGGGGAGGACGGAGUGUACCAUCUGGAUGGCGAGAAAAGGUCUCAGGGCCUCUGCGAUGAGCUGAAGAAUGACUACACUGAGAUGACAUUUGGGAUGACCAGCUCACCUCCACAGCUUGUUCCCCAGCACACAGCAAGCAGCCAGAGCAGCAGAGAGAGGAGGCUCUCUCUGGAGGACCAGGGAGUCCCAGAAAGCAUUGGGGUCUUCCUGCUUGGGGCCGCCUCUUCUUCCACGGUGGGCCCCGACUGCUCUGCCAAAGUGAUCCGGGCCAACCCACAGGGACGUCGGCGCCACAGCUCCGAGACCUUCUCCUCCACCGCCACGGUGACGCCGGUCUUCCCCUCCUUCGCUCGCGGCGACACAGUGAAGAGGCACAGCUCGGUGGAGAACAUCUCAUCCCGGAGCAGCGAGGGCUCUGACGAGGAGUACGGCAGCCCGGUGAACCGGCAGAGCUCGGCCGGCUACCCGAACGGGCUGAAUUACAUUGCCUUGAACCUGCUGGACAACAGGGACAUGGAGAAAUGUGAGGACCUGGCUGGCUUCAAACCCACCAGCAGCUGCAAAGGGGGUAUCAAUGGAUUACACAGCACACCAUAUGUCUGUUUGGGAUUCAAGGAGACUGCAACCACUGCCAAAGACUGAAGGACUCCUCCAUCCUCUGACUUGGCGUCUUCACCGACCUGCUGCUCGAAAUAAAACAAAAACAAAAACCCAGACGACCCUUCCACUGGGCACUGUGGCCCUGAAAGACUGUCCGGACCCUCGGCGACACACACACACGAACACACACUUAGUAAACGAGCAGGUCAUCAUCUAUGCAUGCCAUGAAUUCGCCGAAGGCGGGCCAGGUGUGAUUGUGCGCGUGUGGGUUGAUGUGUGCGUUGUGUGUCGGUGCGCCUCGCGUUCCCCGCGCUCUCAGGGGCCAUUUCUCCUCUGACCCAAAUUCUGGCGCGAGCACAGACGCAAAGAUAGUCAGACAGUAAGACAACUCUAAUGGUACCCAGAUACUAUUUAUUUACUUGAGGGUAGUGUAAUGACUGCCUGUAUGUAUGCGAGUGUGUUUCUGAGACAAAGUAUGACCAACCGGUAUGUCAGCGAACAAUGAAAACCUAAUAUAGAAAUGGCCCAGGGAGCGAGGACACCACGGUACACUGAGUAUAUUACUAUAUUUAGAUUAGAUAUUUUAUUUAUUUUUGGAAAUUGAAUGUCUGAUGAGACCUACACAAUGCCUUAAUGUCUAUAUUGUCCUUAUGUUUUCUAUGAAAUAAGAGAUAAAUAUUCUAUUUCAGUAUGUAUGUUUGGACCUACAUCUCUAUAUUGUUAUUCUGUUGUGGAAAGUAAAAAGCCUAGAUUACUGUUGAAAAAUAUUAUUUCAGAAAUGUACAGUACAGUGGGGCUGCUUGAGAUCCGAUCUAUCGUAUUGAUAUUAAAGUAUUUUCUUAAUUACUAAUUUCUUAUUUAUUCUAACCUAGUUUAUUUUUUUUGUCCAAUCAAAGCGCUGGACUUAAAGAAAUAUAUUUCUAAAUGUCUUUAAGAGUUAUGCAUGUCUUUAUAACUCGGCUCAGACCCCGUAACACCAGGCAUCUGAAUGCACUGUACCUCCCGCAGUUCCUCAGUCACUUGAGCCUGAAAACCUCACACACUCCUACCUUCAAACCUCCGGCCUGCUGCUAAGCUCCAUGCAGGCCGCUCCUGCUGUGAUAUCAUUGGACAGCACAACUGUCUAUACUAGGUGUCGGCGGAGGGGCGGAGCCACUGAAAGGCAUUAGCGAGCGAGGGCUGAAAUGAGGGGGCGGGGGGGCCGCCGGUGUCAGCGGUGCCAGACAAGCACUGAGGGGAGGAGGGCUCUGCAACUCAGAAAAAGUAGAAGAAGAAAGGCCAACAGCCACAUCUGGCACCAUCAUGGAGGUUCACUGGAGAACCAGCUGUCUGGAAAAAGUAACUGUACUGCAGACGGCAUAAAAACUGUGAUCUGGAGUAGGAGAAUUCUGCAGUGUUAUAAAAUAACUAUACAACUACGCAUACAGGAUACAGCUAAAUGCUAAAACACAGCUGUCGCACGCAGCAGUAUGUAUCUCAUGUCUGCUAACAUUUGCCACUAUCAGCUACCGGCUGGCGUUAGCUAGCAUUAGCUAAAGCUAGCAAGCUGAAGCGAGCCUGUGCAACUUUUGCUGAACAAAAUGUCAGGAUAAUGCUAAAUGCUAACAUGUAGUUUCACGCUUGCAUGAGCUGAGAAGAACUUGACACAGCAUAGCAAUGUCUAACUAAGGUUCGCUAUCGUUAGCUAACAUUAGCUACCACAAGGUGUUGGUCAUACCAAGGCUUUAGCUUGGAUGAGUUUAGUGCUAAUAAAUUAAAAUUUUCAUCUGUUAAUGCUAUUUAUUUAAAUUGCAUAAUCUUCUUAACCACAUUCAUCACAAUUAUUACAAAAAAACCUUUAAAUUCUGCUGCUUCUUAAGCGCUCUGAACCUCCAAAAUGGCUGCCAGGCGGUUCGCAAACACUGACAUCCUGACACUGUGGUCUUCGCAUCGUCCACUGUGCCGACUCCACGACCCCUUCAGCGUUCGGGAGAUUGUAAAACUUUUCACCAUGUCUGAAUGUAUCGCUGAGCUGGUGGGAAUGCCGCAGAAACACAAAUGUGGGAACCGGGUUUGACAGAGUCGAGUAAUGUUGGAGCUGUACCACGCUUUGUGGAGUUAUCUAUUUAUCUUAUGAGUCUUGAAUGUGUAUAUUGUGUACAUAGAAAGAGUUUAACUAAAAACAAAAAAUCUAUUGAAAAUACAUAGAGUACUUAGAUUUUACUUAUGUUGCAAUGAUAUUCCUGUGUAAAGACUUUGGCUACCGAUUUUUAAAAAGGGGACAAGGUUUUUGCUUUGGGGUUGUACAGUGUAUUGUAUGCUCUCCUCCCUCACAGUCUCCGUGACUAUAUGACAAAAAAAAUACUCUGUCUAUUUUAUUAUAGAGAUCUCUUUGCCUUGUUGAAACACUUUACCUAAUGGCAUAUGCAAUAGUGACAUGAAUACAAUCUAGUUUACAACCGUGGAACCAAAUGUAACAUUGCAUCGAUGAUUUUUUUUUCUUUUUUGUGACGAGCAGAAGCCGUUUUGCUCCUCGUGCAUUUUCUCUUUCUGCCAAGUGUUUGGGUUUUUUUUUUUUUUUUUUUUUUUUGCUCAUAACUUUGUUCUUGACACGUCUCAAAGCGCUUUCCCCAUCUCUGUGUCCAUGGACAGACUCCUCUUUUACGGAUUGAUCUCGGAUUGACUCAGUCUGAAUGUGUCGUUGUCUUCCAUUGUACAUAAUUCAGUAUACUGUUUAUUGUGAUGCUCACAAGAGAUGAUUAUAAUGAUUUAUAAAUUCUGGUAGUUGAGUAUUGCUUUUGUCUGUAUUGAUUAUGGAUAGCAACCUACAGAAAUAAAUGAAU